AUGGAAGUGCGACCGACCAAGGAGGAGGUCUACCAUUGCCGGUGGAAGAGAGUCCGCCGUUGUUCGGACGAGCAGCAGCGAGGAGAAUGGAGGAGUGGGCAGCGCAAGCUCCGCUGCUUCAUGGAUCCAGUUCUCGACCAGCUCUUCAAGAUGACGUUUCAUCGAACUCUAUACCACGUGAGGUGGUGGAAGAGGAGGUUCGGCGCCAAGUUCAGCUGGCUCUCCAGGGUUUCGUACCUGAAGGCACUCGGGCUCAUCCGGCAGAGCAUGGAGUAUCAGGCGGUGAUCGGGCCUUUGCAACCAGUCGCGCAGUACCAGAAGGCAAUCGGGCUUAUCCUGCAGAUCAUGGAGUAUCAGGCGGCACUCGGGCUUAUCCUGCAGAUCAUGGAGUAUCAGGCGGUGAUCGGGCCUUUGCAAUCAAUCAACCAGUACCUGAAGGCACUCGGGCUUAUCCUUAUCCUGCAGAUGAUGGAGUAUCAGGCGGUGAUCGGGCCUUUGCAAUCAAUCAACCAGUACCUGAAGGCACUCGGGCUUAUCCUUAUCCUGCAGAUCAUGGAGUAUCAGGCGGUGAUCGGGCCUUUGCUAGUAGUCAACCAGUACCUGAGGGCAGUCGGGCUCACGCUGCAGAUCAUGGAGUAUCAGGCGGUGAUCGGGUCCCAUCUCAGUUGCAGGAUGAUGCUAGUCGUGGUGAAGAGUGGAGUCGUCGGCCUAGGUUUGUCCCGUUUGAUGAGGAGGUUCCGAAGAACAUCUUCACAGGUCGUCUGA